AUGCAAGAGAAUCAAACAGUGUUAGAGGAUAAUAACAAAAACGCACAUGAAACUAACGAGCAAAUGCCAGAGUCUAAAGAGGUUAAUGUUUCGCUUCUUGAUUCCUCUGCCCAGGACACAUUGAAGAGUACUGAGGAUCCAAAUUCGAGUUCUAUAACGAUGACCACGUCUGUUGAAUCUGAAAAAGAAGCGGAACCUGAGGAACGUGCAAAAGUAAAACGCUCAAACGUUAGUAUCAACUUGGUAUCUAUUGGCGACGGGAACGCUAAAGUGCCAUCUAGCCUUCUGAAUAGGCUGAACUGGAGUUCCUACACCAACGUGACUAGAAAGCUCCUCUCCGCCGUAUUUUCGCGCAAUGUCCUCGCCACGCAUUCGCUGACUGGCAGACCUUCUCCUGCCUUUCCGGAUAAGCCGGCGAAGAAGAAACUUAACUCAGCGAUUGUCAACGACAUCGUGCAAACCGUAGUCCAGAGAUGCAAAGUUGCAGAAAAUCUCGUUAGGGUCAGCAUUACGACCAAAUGCGCUGAUGAAGCUAAAAUGCUUCGCAAAAGAAAUCAGCUGAACGAACGACGAGUCCAGAAGCUGGAAAACACCCCGCCAUCCGACUCUGACAGCUCUUGA